AUGCAGGUGUCCCAGGGCUUGGCGUUCGCCCUCGCCGUCGCGGGCGCCGUCUCGGCCGUCGGCGCCGCGGUCAGCGCGCAGCUGGUGGUCAGCGGGCUCAUCGGCGUGGUCAGCGUGCUCACCGGUGCGAUUCUCAUGAAGGUCAGCACGGCCUCAGACAGCCUCCGCGCCAUGUGGUACCAGGGCGACAACAUUUCGCUCAGAUGCAGUUUCAUUGAGCGCCGCCUGAUGUCCUUGGAAUUCAGCCCGUGGGAGACACAGCGGCAGAUCUCAGGUGCGAUUCAGGAAUGGGACAUGGCCCAGGACGCAGCGUACGGUGUCAGGCAAGCGUUCCACUACCUCAGUAGGUAUUCCAGGAACUUCCUGCAGCGUGCGGGUCAGAUGCCGUCCGCCAUUCAGUUGUCCAUCAUCGCCAACAAGGCGAUCCAGGAAUCAGGCGAGGACGCAGCAGGGCAGAAGGUCACGGUGCUCAUCCAGGGCCUCAGCCAAGACUGGGCCGCUCAGUUCCCUGGCCAGGGCAACGCGUACGAUCCGACAGCGUCAGUCGCGAUCCACGCGGGUCAGCUGUCUCAGCACGCAGUCGUGGACUUCUACGGCUUUCAGUGA